CCGAUUUCUCCUGCAUCCUCUCAUCCCACUCAUCUGCCACAUACAUCCUCGCCGCGAUGGCUGAUGUACUCAAGUUUUCAGCGACUCUGUCCCCUUUCCCUUACGCAGCGGCAGCGAUCGCGACCUACACCGGCAAGGCCGAACUAACUUUCGAGGAAGGUGCAAGCCUUUCGCUCGACCUCAACGGGUCUACGAUCUCUGCAGAGGACGAGAUCGUGCAGGCCUUGGCCAAGGAGGGAGGGUUGUCUGAUGACAGUGCAAAGACGCAAGCAUACUUCGCUCUGGCGAAGUCCUUGCCCACCGUGACUGCAUUCCCCGCAAUCGUCGCGGCACUCGACUCUCUUGACGACCACCUUGCUUUCCGUACCUUCUUGGUCGGACAUGAUGUCUCCGCGGCAGACUGGAUCGUAUGGGGUGCCUUGAAAGGGAGUGUGAAGAUCGUUGGUCUCCUCAAAAACAACAAGCAUGUCCACCUCCUUCGAUGGUACACUCAACUCGAGUCCCUCGAAUCCACUCAGCUCGUCAUCGCCAGCCUCGCCGAAGCGAAGUCGAGCAAGGCGCGCUCCAACAAGACCGCUGCUUCCUUCGCGCUCGGCCUCGAGGGUGCGGAGAUGGGCCAAGUCGUCACACGUUUCCCGCCCGAGCCGAGUGGCUACCUACACAUUGGGCACGCGAAGGCGGCAAUGCUCAACCAGUAUUUCGCACAGAUGUACAAGGGGAAGUUGCUCAUCCGGUUUGAUGACACGAACCCGACCAAAGAGCGCACGGAAUUUGAGGAGACUAUCCUGGAGGAUCUUGCGCUGUUGGAUGUCAAGGCAGAUGCGGUCUCGCACACGUCUGACUACUUCGACCAGCUGUAUGAGCUUGCGAUCAAAAUCAUCAAGGAGGGCAAGGCAUAUGCAGACGACACCGAGCAAGCGGAGAUGCGCCAGCAGCGCUUCGACGGCAUCGCGUCUAGGCAUCGCGAAGACAGUGUUGAGGACAACCUCGCACACUUUGCCGAGAUGAAGACAGGCUCUGCGGAGGGCGUACGGUGGUGUAUCCGCGCGAAGAUGAGCGUCGACAACCCAAACAAGGCGCUCCGCGACCCUGUCAUCUACCGUUGCAAUCUCCUUCCGCACCACCGCACAGGCGAUAAGUGGAAGAUCUACCCGACAUACGAUUUCGCAUGCCCGAUCGUGGACUCGCUUGAGGGCGUCACGCACGCGCUCCGUACGAACGAGUACCGCGAUCGGAAUCCCCAAUACUUUUGGAUGAUUGAGGCGCUCGGCUUGCGUUCGGUGCACAUCUGGGACUUCAGUCGCCUCAACUUCAUUUACACCCUCCUCUCCAAGCGCAAGCUCCACUGGUUCGUCGACCAGGGCAUUGUUCACGGGUGGGACGACCCGCGGUUCCCGACCGUCCGGGGUAUCCGCCGACGCGGCAUGACCGUGGACGCUCUCCGGCAGUUCAUGCUUGCCCAGGGUCCCUCACAAGCGAUCGUCUCGCUCGAGUGGGACUCGCUCUGGACGCUGAACAAAAAGGUCAUCGACCCCAUUGCACCGCGCUUCUGGGCGAUUGGCAAGAACGGCACGGUGAAGGUCACGAUCAACGGCGGGCCGUCCGAGCCUGAGGUGAAGACGCUGCCCAAGCACAAGAAGAACCCGGAGGUAGGCGAGAAGAAGACAGUGUUCUCGAGUCAUAUCCUCGUUGAGCAGGAGGAUGCGCUGUCGUUCGAUGAUAAUGAGGAGAUCACUCUCAUGGACUGGGGCAACGCCAUCGUCCGCUCCAAAACAACCGAUGCCAAUGGGGUGAUCACCGCGCUCACCAUGGACCUCCACCUCUCCGGCGACUUCCGCAAGACCAAAAAGAAAAUCACCUGGCUCCCGGACCCCUCAGCGCACCCCGCUUACGCACUCGUCGACGCGACGCUGCUCGACUACGACUACCUGAUCACGAAGAAGAAGCUCGAGGACGAGGACGACGUCAAGGACUUCGUCACGCCGCAGAGCGAGUUCCGCGAGGACGCGUGGGCGGACGCGAACGUCACUGACCUGCAGAAGGGGGAUAUCAUCCAGUUCGAGCGGAAGGGGUACUAUAUUUACGACGGUGUGUCGGGGGAGACAGGUCUGAGAGAGUUCAUAUGUAUCCCGGACGGCCGGGCGGCGAGCAUUGCGAGCAAGGCGGCGCCAGUUGCGAAUGCUCCCGGGAAGGCGGCGAAGGAGAAGGAGAUUGCUGAAAAGGGCGGUCGGGGAGCGGGUUCUGAGCAGGCGUUCGAGAUCCCAGUGGACACGAAGAUGUACAAAGUCGAUCCGAUCUAUGGGAAGGGUGACUUGGCGACACCGGCGGAUACGAAGAUGUACAAGGUGAAGAACGUAUAUGAGUCGUAGAUGAAUUGGCGGAGAGAUAGAAGUGUCACAAGUAAUGUACAUUCACCACGCUUGCAUGUCAAUCGUACG